UCCUCCACCCACGUUUGGUGGAUCGCCGUCAUGGGGCCCCGAGCCCUGCUCCUCCUGCUGUCCGGGACCCUGGCCCUGACCCUGACCCAGAACUGGACGGGCCCCCACACCCUGGGAUAUUGCAGCACCGCCAUGUACGUACCCCUCGGCGAGAAGAACCGCUACACCGUCGUCAUCUACCUGGACGACACGGAGAUCCUGCGGUUCCAUAGUGACGCCUCCAGUUCCAGACUGGAGCCGAGGGUGCCCUGGAUGGAGCAGGAGGGCGCAGGGUUUUGGGAGGAACAGAUGCAGGAAAUAAGGCACAAUGAACAGAGGAGCAGAGUGACCCUGAACAAGCUGCAGGUCUACUACAACCAGAGCGAGGACGGGUCUCACACCCUCCAGGAAAUGACCGGCUGCCUCGUCGGGUUGGACGGGCGCUUCCUCCACGGGUUCAGUCAGUUCGCCUACGACGGCACCGAAUUCCUCUCCCUGCAUGAGGACCUGCGCUCCUGGACCACCACAGCCAUGGCGCCCCAGAUCACCUGGCGCGAGUUGGUGCUGCUCCCUGAUGCGGACGUCAGGAGAUUCUUCCUGCAGGACACCUGCGUGCGCCGCCUCCACCGCCUCCUGGAGAAGGGGAAGGACACGCUGCUCCGAGCAGACCCUCCAAAGACACACGUGACCCACCACCCCAUCUCUGACCAUGAGGUCACCCUGAGGUGCUGGGCCCUGGGCUUCUACCCUGCGGACAUCACCCUGACCUGGCAGCGUGAAGGGCAAGACCUGACCCAGGACAUGGAGCUGGUGGAGACCAGGCCUGCAGGGGACGGGACCUUCCAGAAGUGGGCAGCUGUGGCCGUGCCCCCUGGAGAGGAGCAGAGAUACACGUGCCAUGUGCAGCACCAGGGGCUGCCUGAGCCCCUGACCCUGAGAUGGGACCCCCCUCCUCAGACCACCAUGACCAUAGUGGGCAUCGCUGCUGCCCUGGGUCUCCUUGGAGCUGUGGCUGCUGCAGCUGUGAUGUGGAGGAGGAAGUGCUCAGGCAGAGGCAGGGAGAGAUGCACUCAGGCUGCUUACAGUGACAGUGCCCAGGACUCAGGUGUGUCUCUCACAGCUCCUAAGGGGUGACAGAGCUGCUUUCUAUGGGACUUGGUGCUAAAACGGUCACUGCAGCCUCCCCUUGGGACUUUAAGGAUCCCUGACUGCUGUUCCUGCAACUGGCAUCAGAACUUGUCUGCAUUCUUAUCAGCACAGUGAGGAGCUGGUGCCAAGGCCACCCUCCCCACAGGGACCUGUGUCCUCUCCCCAGGGGACUGUCAUGUCCUAGCAGAGCUGGGGUGAGGCAUCCCCAUCCUGGUCAUUCCUAGUCUGGGGCGUCUUUGUUGCUAUUUUGUCCUUGCCACUUCAGGAGAACCUUGUCCCAGCAGGACCUGGGAUCCCAGGGACUCGGGCAUUCACCUGGGCCUUGUGGUGGCUCCAGGACUGUGCUCAGUGAGGGCUUCAUGAGGCCCCGUCAGCCUGGGCUCAGGCCUGGGUCUGGCCCUCAGCCCCUGUUUGGGGUAUUUUAUUGUUUUUUUUCUUUUUGUACAUGUUAUGUAUUCUUGUUUUCUUGUAUUCUUCUAUUCUUGUUUUCUUAUUAAAUUAUUGCAAUGUUUUUAU